CGGGCUAGACAAUGCCGGAAAGACAACAAUUCUAAAAAGAUACAUUGGUGAACCCAUCGACACAAUAUCACCAACGCUAGGAUUCAAUAUAAAAACUAUAGAGCAUAAGGAUUACAAACUCAACAUUUGGGACGUAGGCGGUCAGAAAUCCUUGAGAUCGUACUGGAAAAAUUAUUUUGAGGCCACGGAUGGUAUAAUUUGGGUCGUCGAUAGUGCCGAUAAAUUGCGGCUUGAGGAUUGUAAAGCAGAGCUACAUAAAUUACUUCAGGAGGAACGUCUUCUCGGUGCUUCUCUGCUCGUUUUAGCCAAUAAACAGGACCUGCCGGGUGCGCUGACACUCGAUGAAAUCGCGGAGAUACUGGACCUUAAGGUUAUCAAAAGUCACCAUUGGAAAAUUUUCAACACCUCGGCUAUCACCGCUGAAAAUCUCCUCAAUGCAGUCAAUUGGAUCGUGGAUGAUAUUAGUGCGCGAGUUUAUUAUGGUUAAUUAUAAUCAUCGUAUUAAGAUAUUGAUCAUAAACCUGUCGAUUAUUUUAUUAUAUUUUUUUUACAAAUUUCAAGUAAAUUUUUUAAUUUAA